GCUCGAUUGGUAUCAACCUCGUCACGCGAUGAUAGUCUGACGGCGCAGCCUCAUACCAAGACUUGGUGCCUCGACAGACGUCCCAGGCCGGCCUUCGAUGCCUGAUGGUCGCCUACGCUAACCGAAUCCUCACAAGCCUUGCCACUGCCAGCCUCUACUUAAUCCACCUGACAUCGCUCUCAUUUCGUGUUCUCGCAUCACAACGCGUUUGCUACACUCCACCUCACUCCCAAUCACAGCAAUCAUCAUGUCGGACGUUCAGGUUGUCACACGCUCUCAGCCGAAGCGCAAGAGAGCUCAAGUCAAUUACUAUGAAGGCAACGACAAUGACUUGUAUGAAUCGGACCAGGAAGUCGAGGAGUUCUCUGCGAACAAGAAAUCUAAGGCAAAGCCCAGACCGCUUCCGAAGCGCAAAAUAUUUCCCUUUCUAUCUCUCCCGGCCGAGCUUCGGAACAUCAUCUACGAACACGCUCUCGUGGACGGAAACGGAGUUCAUCUAAUCUCGAAGACCGAACACUAUCGUCGUGUGGUCAUCCGCAGCAACCCUUCGAUGAAUGCGAUCAACGAUCCGUUCGGACGUGGAGGAUACCAUCACCGCGUUCUGUACGGAGAGUCGAAUGAAGAUGAGAACGAAGAGCCCAGUGGACGAGUAUCCUUUGUCCCUUCCCUCUUGGCCGUCAAUCGCCAGAUAUGCACAGAAGCGCUUCCGAUCCUCUACAGCAACAAGUUCAUGCUCGAAGACACGACCGCCCUGCAUUCUUUCAUGGCCGACCUUAGGCCACGCACUCGAGAGCUAUUGGAGGAUGUCACCAUCCACGGCUGGGGUUACACCAAAGCCCACAAAGCCCUAAACCAUCCGGGACUAACUAUGCUCUCCGGUGCCGUCAACUUGAAACGCCUGCACUUUCAGUGCCGUAUCGGCUGGGGCAACAACAUUCGGAAAGUAGCACGACAAGUCUAUCGCGACGGCUUCCACUGGCUCGAGGCCGUUGGAGUGGCUAAAGGAAACUAUGAUGCUGCCGUGGAUAUCAUCAGCUUGGCCGAAUUUACUCCCCAACGAACCGUUUGGCGAACCCCAGGUGAAGAGGACGCUGUCGAACAGGCUGCAAAGAUGGAGGUCUUCGGAGACGAGCUCCGCAAGCUGCUUAGCUACAAGAAGCCAAGCAGCUCCCGCAAGAGCGAAGGCAAAGGCGCUAGAAAGAUCAAAGGAAAGACAGACGAUUAGGGCAUAUAUGGGAACAUGCUGCGGGUGCGGUGGAGAAGGAGGAUGAGGAAAUGGAAGAUUGAGAUUUUGUAAUUUUAGCAUCAGACUCGAGCCUACAGUGCCUUGGCAAAAAUAUGUGUACACUUUCCUGCGCCUGCGUGUGGGACUCCAACGUACUAAUGUAUACCUGGGGCAGUGUAUGCAUUUCCAAUCUGCGUACACACUGUUGAUACUGUCUGGGGUAGCCUCGCGAACUUACUAGAAUAGUUGUCCAAAAUGCCAAGUUUCUCUCUCAU